CUCACACAUCUUUUUAAUCCUGUGGAUUCCUGCUUUAAUGGCGACACUUCUGACUUUCUAUUUAAUAGCUAUGAUUUGUACUACUGUAAUCUGGGUUCAAGGUGGUAAAGAAGAGAUGCAAAUACAUCAUAGAGAGAAAAGGGCCUGGGUCAUCCCUCCAACGAGACUGAUGGAGAAUGUGGAUUAUACCAAUAAAGAAUAUAUUGCCAAAAUCCGAUCGGAUGAAGAGACCAGGACAGAUAUUGUAUAUUCUCUGAUAGGACCUUCAGUAGUUGAAGGAUUAUUCAGUGUAGACAAAACAAAUGGCUUUGUCAGGAUCCAUGGCAUCUUGGACAGAGAGAAGACAGCUACUUAUGAGCUCAAAGGGAGAGCUGCGCUAAAAGAUGGAACACUUGUUGAAAAGGACCUUGAUUUGAAAAUCAUAGUUUUAGACCAGAAUGACAACGCUCCUGAGUUUAAGUAUGAGAUGAUUGGUUCUGUUGAUGAGCUCAGUGACAAAGACACCCAUGUAAUUGCAAUCACAGCUUUUGAUGCGGAUGAGCAAGGCAAACUUUUUUCAAAAAUUGCCUACAAAGUGAUACAACAGGAGCCAGCGGGAGAAAUAAUGUUCAGAAUUGAGCGAUCAUCUGGUGAAAUCAAUGUUAAAUUGAACACUCUGGACAGAGAGACACAAGACACAUACAAACUGAUAAUCACAGCUACAGACCUGGAUGGAGGCUAUUCUGAUUCCCAAAACAUUCAAAAUACGGGAACAGGGACCGUGACAAUCAACUUACGUGAUGUUAAUGACAACAUCCCCGAAUUAGAGAAGGAAUCAUAUGAGGGUAGUGUGAAGGAGAAUAUCAUGAAUGUGGAAGCGAUAAGGAUUAAGGCAGUAGACAAGGAUCAAAUUUAUACUUCAAACUGGGAGGCUGUGUUCAGUAUCAUUUCUGGAAAUGAAGCCGGUCACUUCAGCAUCAGUACGGACCCCAAAACUAAUGAGGGAAUUCUGGUGGUCGAUAAGAAACUGGAUUUUGAGGAGUUAAAUGAGGUUAAUCUGAUAGUGGUGGUCAACAACAAGAGUCCUUAUCACAAGUCAGUGGUGAUUGAAAAGCCUAUAACAUACCCUAUCAAGAUCAAAGUGAUGAAUGUACCUGAAGCCCCUCACUUCAACCCUGCUGUCAAAGUCGUCUCCAUCUCGGAAGACCGCACCACCAUCGACCUGAAGAAGGUCAUCGCCACCUACACUGCCACAGACAGUGAUACGCUGUUAACCGCCACUAAUGUCAGGUAUUUGAAAGGAGAGGAUGUUGACAACUGGUUGAGCAUUAAUGAGAAAACAGGCGAGAUCAGACUAAAAAAAUAUCCAGAUCGAGAGUCCAAGUUUCUGACUGAUGGAACAUACUACCCCAAAAUCUUAUGCAUCACCAAUGAACGUUCUCCCAAAACUGCAACAGGAACUCUUGCAAUUCAGGUCCAGGAUUUCAAUGACCACUGUCCGCUUUUGACUCACUCAGUCGAAACGCUUUGUUAUGGAAACAGUGUAAUGUACGUCACAGCCACAGAUGGGGAUAAAUACCCCAAUGCAGAACCUUUUGAAUUCAGAGUGGUUGCCAAGGGCACAAAAGAGACCUGGAGUGUUGAACGCCUCAACGAAACGACAGUCAUUUUACGCAGUCAGGAGGACCUUUGGCCAGGGUACCACACAGUGGAGCUGGAGGUGCUAGACCAGCAAGGAAAGUCCUGCCAGGGUCAAAAGCUUCAGGUCACUGUGUGCAAAUGCACAGAGGCACAAGUGUGCCAACCCCUGAGAAAAAAAAGCACACCCAUUUUAAUGGGAGCAGGUGGAGUUCUGGCACUGCUGCUAGGAAUCCUGCUUCUGUUGUUCAUUCCAAUGUUUUUGUUGUUUUGUGAGUGUGGAGGAGCUGCAGCUCUGGGUAAAUUCCAGGAAUUUCCCUUCGACAUUAAUCAGAAACUCAUCCCGUAUCACACUGAAGGCCAAGGAGAGUAUAAGGAACUAGAGGUGCUGUCUCAGCCAUCAGGGAGUGGAGGCGGAGGUGGUAGCAGUGGUAGAAAACUUGGAGGUGGAGAAAGACGUAGAUACGGAGACAGAUACGAAGAAGAAAGCUGGAAUGGCUGGUCUUUGGAGGAAAUCAGACGCAUGUUGGAACAACGUAAUACUGAAACUAUACUUGGAGGACAUUCUGAACUUAUUACAAGCAGAACCCUUGAUUCCAUGGCUCUGUCUGAGAGCUACUUACGCAGCUAUUUUGCAAAGAAAUCACAGGACACGGCGAAGCAAGAAGUUAGUGUAAAUCAUCUGCUUGUGUCUAACUAUGAAACCUGCAACUCGGUCACAGGCUCCUUGGAGGAUAUAUGCAGCCAUCUUCAUAAGGAAAACAAUCUAGAUUUUCUUAAUGACCUCGGGCCUCAGUUCAAAAGGCUUGCAGAGAUUAGCUAUGGCUCCUCCUUUGCACAUGAGGAAAGCUCAAUUUCCACGUCUCCCACCUCUAGUUCAAAAGUGACUAUCAAUGUAAAAGAUGCUGCUGGUGGUGUUCACACUAAGGGAACAUCAUCUAGCUCCUCCACCACCACAAAUAUAACUAAAAUGUACAGCACCGGAGGAGCCACAUCAUUAGCCACCAUAGGCCAAACUCUGCUGAUCCAGCAGCCAAUGGUCUAUAUGCCCUCUACUCCUAUGUAUGUAGUGGAGCAACAGCAACCUACUCUUCUUUUGACCUCUGGUCCAGUGCUGGGUGUUCAGAAAAGCAAUGUGGUGUUGGUGGAGAAAGGGACUACCAAUAUAGCAAUACCUCCUCAUAGCACCCUUCCCAGGCCAGGACUGCAGCAAGCAAACACCAGAGUAGUGAUGGAUGAAGUUAUUGGAGGCACAGUGAUACAUGGGAAGAGUGUUCAGGAAAGCAACAUGGUGUUGGUGGAAAAAGAGGCUACCAAUAUAGCAAUCUCUCCCCAGAGCACCCUUCCCAGGCUGGGACUGAAACAAGCAAACACCAGAGUGGAUCAGGGUAUUAGGGGCACAGUAGUACAUGGGAUCUCAGGCAAUGCUGAGCAUCAGGGCACUGUUUCUGGUACCGUUCAUGUCGUAGAGACUCGACGAGUAGAGAGCACGGAGCCUGUGCAUGUUGUACAGAGUUCUUCACACUCCAGGAUAAACAAUAGUACACAGGCCAAAGGGCAAAAUGGAGGGGUCAUGGCUCUAAGAAGUGCACCAGUUGUCCAAAAUCCAAUUUCAUUGUCACGGCAAGAUGCGCCACUUUUUGCUGCUUCAAAUGGGAGCACUCACCAAGAGGUGCGAGAGGAAAGGGUUUCGGUUGUUGAAGGAAGUUUCCAGUCAAGCUCCACCUCCUAAUUCAACUCCAAAGACACUCUAACACUCUAGGUGCUACAUUGUACAGCCAAUAGUGCUAUUUUUAUUCCAUUAUCAUGAUUGCCAUAAGGAGUCAAAUAAUCGAAUAGUGUCCUAAUUAGUAAAAUAGUACAGAUAUAAACCAUAUA